UAUAUAUAUUCUUACUAAGUAUUCCAACAGACAGAAACCAAUAUAAUAUAUUCAUCCAAUAAAUGAUCUAUGGAUGAAACUAGUGGAAAGCAGAAUUAUUAUCCUUCACCUAUGGCUACCUCUACUGGUCCUAAUCCCAGUCCUGAUGGAUUUCCAACACAACCUGGAGGACCAAACCCACCGCAAGCUGGCUUCCAAGGACCUUAUGCCUUCUCACCGGAAGAGAUACGUGUGUUGAGGGAGUGCAAUAGGGAGUCCUUACUUUUCCGCUGCAUCCCCUUAGCUACCAUCACCUCUGCUCUGACAUAUUUUGGCAUCUCAAGAGGUUAUAUCAAGCCCAGUGCUUCAUUUGGGGUCUUCCCUAAGGUAACCUUGGCAGCAAUUUGUGGCUAUGUGUUGGGCAAGCUUUCAUACCAGAGACAGUGCGCUGACAUGAUCGCGAAGCUUCCCAACAGUAAACUUGCUGAUGCCAUCAGAAAAAGCCGAGGGCUCUCAGUUCAGCUUGACAGGUAUGUUCUGUAA